AUGGCACGUAAAGCAGUUGGACGUCCUAAAAAAGUGGAUGGUGAUCAUACGCGCAAACCUCGUAAGAAAAAAGACAAGAACGCUCCGAAACGUGCGCUCUCGGCCUUUAUGUUUUUUAGUAACGAUAUACGCGAUACGGUGAAAAAAGAGAUGCCGGAGCUACAAUUUCUUGAAAUUUCAAGUGAGAUUGGACGCCGUUGGAAGAAGAUUACGGAUGAAGAGCGUCGGCCAUACGAUGAGUUGGCAGCUGCUGACAAACGAAGAUACUUGGAAGAAAAGGAAGAUUAUGUCCCGGAUCCAUCGUUUGAAACCACCAAGGGUUCACGCAAGAAAAAAGAUCCAAACGCUCCAAAACGUGCAUUGUCUGCCUACUUUUUCUUUUGUAAUGACAUUCGUCAAGAAACACGUGAUGAAAACCCAAACAAGAAGAUCACGGAAAUUGCUACACUUUUGGCAGAGAAAUGGCGAGCGUUGCCUGACAAAAAGCGCCUCAAAUACCAGAAAAUGCAUGAGGAAGCCAAGGCGAAGUACCAGCACCAGAUGGACGUCUACAACUCAAACGGCGCUGUGGAGGAGCAAGAAGAGGAGGAGCACGAUGAUGAUGAUGACGAUGAUGAUGACGAUGACGAUGAAUAG